UAUUGUGCAAUGAUAGAGAUUCAUAUCUGGGGAUGUUAUACUAAUUAUUGUUUCUUUCCAGAACAUGUCCGUGCCCCGACCAAUAGUGAGCUCAGAGCCGCUCAGACCGCCCAGGCCGCCCCAUCCAAAAAUGUGAGCAGUCAGCCCCAGGCCUCAGAUACAGCAGUGUGCCAACGCAGAAAAAGGACCGUCUACAAUCAGGCACAGCUGGACUCACUAGAGAGAUACUUCAAGACCAACAUGUACCCAGAUAUUCACCACCGGGAGCAGCUGGCCAAACAAAUGUGCCUACCUGAAUCCAGAAUCCAGUAUACCAUAUGCUUUUUAGCCUUCUACUGUGUACUUUACCUUUAUAUGUUGUGCUUAUGGAAGUCUUCUGUUUUCCUACAGGUCUGGUUCCAGAAUAGGAGGGCCAAGGCCAGGCGAAAGGGUGUGAAAUCAACCAACUCGCUAGCAGAAGAGCCGUAUUCCUGCUCACUUGGUGAUAACAAAUACAUGUAUUCCUCUACACCAACUCCUCAUGUCCACCAACAGCAAAUCCUGAAUUGUCAGGAAGAGGUGCAACCAAUGAGCAACCCCCAGCAGGAAUAUUUCCAACAGCCUGAAAUACUUGGAUAUCCUCAAUACUCCUGCCAAGUGUCCAGGGUUUAUCAGCAAACUAUGGCAUCUAAUCUACCCACAGGAAGCCAGCAACAUUACUACAAUCACAUAAACCCAGCUAUGGGCUUUAAUAACCAAGGAAUAGAUCUGAGCAGAGGACAGUUCCAAGCUAACAUGAAUUAUACCAUGGAUUAUUCGAAUGUCCUACCCAACAAGACCACCUCUCCAGACAUGAGUGUGAACUUUCCAACAAUUCCAGUCUCCACAGCUCCAGACACCUGUUUUGGACUUAAUUCCUUCCCCACCCAAGCACACUAUCCAAUGGCAGCCAUUCAGAAUGACCUUUUCAAGCAAAGGUCCCCCAUAUCAGACUCUGGGGUCAGUGACAGAUCCACAGAAUAUGAGUCUGACUGGGAUGAAGACCUCACAGCUGUCCUAAACAGUCUGUAACCAGGAUGGAGUGUAAUAGACUUAGUUCUGUUUUUGGGCAGUUCUACAAAAUUAAUUAUUAAUUUAGCACUUUUAAAGAGAGUGGAUUAUGUAUCUUCUUAUCAUUCUGCUAACUCCUGAUGUCAGAGUUUAGCCCCCUCUCAACAAUGUGAUCAACUGAUCUAGGAUAUACAAAGGCAAAAAUGGACUUGACCCUAAACACUUCUCCAUGGGACACAAAAUACACCUUGAAAUGAUUAAUCUGUACAUAUCACAAUUGAAAGGAAGUAAAGGUGCAAUAGUUUUAACUACU